AUGCCCCAGAGAAAUUUGGUUUCGUGGAAUUUGAUGAUUUCUGGUUAUGGGACAAAUGGUUAUCCUGAAGCAGCAAUGGAGCUCUCUAUAUUAACUGCAGUCUUGGACAUGUAUGCAAAAUGUGGAGAAUUGGAUACCGCAGAGCAGAUCUUUGAUGAGAUUUCAAACAAGGAUGUGCUGCAAGCCCAGCAUUCCUACCAUGCUGCUUUCACUUCAAGCAGGCACUCACUUAUCAUUUCUUCAUAUGGGGAAGACUAUCCAUGGCUAUAUUAUAAGGCUUGGUUUCGUUCGGAUGUUUCUGUAAAAGGCCUUCUCAUAGACAUGUACUCCAAAUGUGGAGAACUGAGUUCUGCUUGUUGCGUCUUCAGUGAAAUAUCUGAAGGGAAUAUUUUUUCAUGGAGUUGCAUGAUUAAUGGCCUUGGUAUGCAUGGAUAUGGGAAGGAGGCUCUAAUGGCUUUCUUUGGAAUGCUGAAGAGAGGCAUUGUUCCUGAUGACAUCUGCUUUCUGGUCUUAGCUUCCUGCAGCCAUUGUGGCUUGAUUACGCAAGGGCGAAAGAUGUUUUAUUACAUGGUAACGCAGUUUGGUGUUCAACUGAAAAUGGAGCAUUAUGCCAGCAUGGUCGAUCUUAUUGGACGGGCAGGAUGCAUUGAUGAAGCGUUUAAGUUUAUACGCGAGAUGCCAAUGGAAGCAGACUGCAGUGUGGUGGGGGCUCUACUCGGAGCUUGUAGAAUUCAUGGGCACUUGGAGAUGGGGAAGGUGUUUGAGGAGUGCUUGGAGGGAUCAGGAUGGACAGCUGCAGGAUUUUACAAGCUUUUGUUGAGCAUUUACGCAGGUGACGACCGUUGGGAUGAGGUGAUGAAGAUCAGAAGUGUGAUGGAGGAAAAAAAAGUAAAAG